AUGUCUGAUAGAGGCCGUGGUCGAGGAAGCUCUCGUGGAGGAGGCCGUGGAGGAGGUGAUAAUCGUGGCCGAGGAAGUUCUCGUGGAGGAGGUGACGGUCGAGGAAGUUCCCGUGGAGGAGGUGACGGCCGUGGAGGAGGCCGUGGAAGAGGUGACAACCGUGGAGGAGGUCGUGGAGGCGGCAGAGGAGGCGGCACUUACGAUGUUCCGAUUCGUGGCCCUUCGUCUGGGAGGGGUCGAGGGGACUUCUCCCCGGCUAGUCGAGGUGGCCAUGGUGGUCGCGGAGGUGGUCGAGGUGGCUACGGACGAGUGGAUGCUAGGCGUAUCUACACUCCAGGGGCAAUUCCUGAGUAUGACGCCUCGGUUCUCGAGAAAGAGACUGAGAUUGAAAAGACAGUUUUCAAUGCGGAAAAUGCAAGGGGACCUGCCCCUAUGCUCCCUCUUCGUCCUGGGUUCAACACCCAAGGCAAUGAGGUACUCCUUUUUGCCAACUAUAUGGAUCUCGCUGUCAAACAGGGUGCACAAUUUUUCCGGUACAGCAUUGAUAUCGGGCCAGGGCCUGAUAAAAAGGCGCCGUCAAUCAAAAAGUGCAAACGUCUGGUGCAGUUGCUACUUGAGGAGCAUCUCGCAGCCGAGAGGCGCCAUAUCGCCACAGAUUCCCGUUCGAAUAUAAUAUCAAUUACGAGACUGAAAGACAUAUCUGAUGAUACGGACGGCAAGUCUUUUCGCGUUCGCUGGAAAGCCCAAGAUGAAGAGAAAUAUGAGAAUAAUCCGGACACCUUUACUGUCACGGUGAAGUUUACUGGUAUGGUUGCGGUUUCUGAUCUCAUCGACUACUUGACUUCAUCAAACGCGAGCGACUUCUUUGCAAGCAAGUCGGAAGUCCUCCAGGCUUUGAAUAUUGUGGUUGGCGAGUACCCCAAAUCUCAGUCUGACAUAGCCAGUAUCGGUGCGAACAAACACUUUAGUCUCAACCCUGGAUCAGACGAUCGUUUCUCGCUUGGAGAUGGGCUCGAGGUUAUCAGAGGCUACUUUGUCAGUGUUCGCGCUGCAACUGCAAGGCUCCUUGUCAAUGUCCAGGUCAAGAAUAUUGCCGUUUACGAGUCUGGCAGUCUAGCUGGAUUAAUUGGGAAUUCUAGGUUGACUGGAAACUUGCAUAAUCUAGAGAAAUUUCUGAAAACUUUACGAGUAGUUGUCACGCAUCUCAAAAAGGACAAGAAAUCGAUACGACGUGAGAAGACUAUCUGGGGGUUGGCUCAUCCUCGUGAUGGUAAAGAUCCAAAUCGUCCAGGAUUCCGUUUCGGAGAUGGGCCAGACAAAGUUAAAUUUUACCAGGACGGGAGUAAGGAGGACAAGAUAAAUCCUGGCUACAUUACAGUUUCCGAGUGGUUCAAGAAGAAGUACAAGAUCAAUGUUAGUGAAGACUUCCCCGUCAUCAAUGUUGGAUCUCGUGACAGGCCAUCGUAUGUCCCGGUGGAAGUAUGUGAAGUGAUAGCGGGACAACCUGCCAAGAUGAAAUUAUCGCCAUACCAAACAUCACAGAUGAUUAGAUUUGCCGUUAGAUCUCCUGGCGAGAAUGCGGACUCAAUUGUCAAUGAGGGUGCACCUCUUCUGGGGUUUUCUCCAACAAACGGUGUCCUGAACACUUUCGGCCUCAGCCCAACUCGAAAGCUCAUCACAGUGCCUGGGCGGACUCUGGCUGCCCCUACGGUCACCUAUAAGCAGGGAAAGGAAGAGAAGCAUCUUAGACCAGCAAAGGCAAGUUGGAACUUGGUGGAUUUUAAAUUCUACGAGACUCGGCGGCACGCUGUGAAAUGGACCUGGGUAGUAUUAGAUUCAUUCUCUACUUCGAAGGCGUUUGCAGGAGGCCAUGAAGCGCUAAUUAAGCGUAUCAACGACGAAUGGGUCAAGAACGUCAGCGCCGCAGGAAUUUCCCUUCUAAACGCAGCCGAAGGGGUUACUGUUUCACUUGAUAGGAACGACCGAAACUUGCAACACAAGGUGGAUGCUGCCUUUGCAAGCUUGGCUAAGCAAGGAUUGGACUUCAUUUUGGUUAUACUGCCAAGCCGUGAUACUUUACUGUACAACACAGUCAAGUAUCUAUGCGAUGUGAAACAUGGACUGCUCCAUGCUUGCGUCACCGCGAAUAAGUUUGCUAAGCCGUCAGCACAGUAUGAUGCCAAUGUCGCCUUAAAAGUGAACCUCAAACUUGGCGGAACAAACCAUCGAGUUGGGGGGACUCAACUGGGAAUCAUUAGCGAGGGAAAGACCAUGCUGGUGGGUAUUGACGUUACUCACCCAUCGCCAGGAUCUGCAAAGUCCGCCCCGAGUAUUGCGGCUAUUGUGGCCUCUGUAGGCACCAAUUUGAGCCAGUUCCCAGCCCAACUACGCGUCCAGACAGAGAAACAGGAGAAAGUCGACGCUCUGGAUGUCCUUUUGAAAUCUCGUCUGAAGAUCUGGAAAGAUAUACACGAAGAAUACCCGGAUAACAUCAUCAUUUAUCGUGACGGUGUAUCAGAGGGUCAAUACGAGAUGGUCGUAAACGAGGAGCUACCCCAGCUCAAAAAGGCCUGCAAUGACCUGUAUCCCAAGUCAAAGCAACCUCGCAUCUCCAUCAUAGUAGUAGGCAAACGCCACCACACCCGAUUCUACGUGACCAGAGAUGAAGACGCAUCCCAGUCCAAAAACCCUCCCAACGGCACCGUCGUCGACCGCGGCGUCACCGAAGCCCGUGCCUUUGACUUCUUCCUUCAGUCCCAUGCAGCUCUGCAGGGCACCGCCCGCCCAGCACAUUACAUUGUCGUCCACGACGAAAUUUUCAGAAACACGCCAGUCCCGCAUCCAUUCAAAAACGCUGCCGAAGUACUUAUCGACCUCUCACACCGACUUUGUUACACUUUUGGCCGUGCCACCAAGGCGGUUAGUAUUUGCCCACCUGCCUAUUAUGCGGAUUUGGUCUGUGAGCGUGCUCGCUGCUAUUUGUCUGAUUUGUUUGAUCCGAGUGGUGAUGAGGGUAGUACUAGUGAUGCUGCUAGUGAGGCUGGGGAGCGACAGCAGCGACAGCAGCGCAUGGUGACUGUUCAUGACAAGAUUAAGAAUAGUAUGUUCUACAUUUGAUCUCUGUCUUGUGUGUAGCUGAUAUCUCGGGAUUUUUUUAUUUUUUAUUUUUUAUUUUUCAGACUUUGUGACAAAUAUACCUUGUGUCGAUAUUGAUGUUGUGGUUAUGUUAUGACAAACCCAGAAUAAA